CCCAGUCUCUUGAGUGUUUUUUGUCAGGAACAGCACAAUAACAAAGAUCGAAUAUCCUGAAAUAUGUUUACUUCAAAAUAACCCAUGAUUAUUACCUUCAUUUUCGCCUUCCUGACCGGGGCAUUCACUGUAUUACUAGUUCAAGCCUUCCUACUUUACAAAUGGUGGUCUACAAAGGAGAGAGACACUCCAAAAUUAGUUGUGGAGCGAGGAAAAGUGACCAAUCCGAAGAUUGUCUCAGAUUACCUGAAGAGUGAAGGAGCUACAGAGAAAGAAACAUGCAUGUUUUUGAAUCUACUUGUAUCAUUCCUGUGGCAAGAAUGGAGAGACUCUCCCAAGACCCAGCAGUUCUUUAUGAACAAAAUAAAUAUGGAGUUCUCAGAUCUCAUGAAUGGCAAAACCGCUGGACGGUUUAUUGAACAAAUUACUAUUUUAGAUCUCAACUUAGGAAAAUCUCUACCAGUAUUUAAAGGAGCAACAAUAAUGAAAGUUGGCCCCACAAAGGAUGCUACAGAAGUGCCCAAAGAACUAGAUAUUGCACUUGAUCUAGAGUAUACAGGGGGGUGCCACAUGAGUAUUCAAGUAGAUUUUUUAUUUAACAAGACGGCAUAUUUCUCUGUGAAACUGGUUUGCCUCAGAGGAAGAGCACGGYUGCAGUUCUCCAGAGAUCCAUGUACACACUGGUCACUGUCAUUUUAUGAGGAGCCAGAAAUGGAAUUUGAAGCAGAGUCACACUUGGAAGGCAAGAACAUAGAACAGUUAACCUCACUUAUGGUCAAUCACUUGCGAAGAAGUGUCAAUAAGAAACACACUUUACCAAAUUACAAGAUACGAUACUUACCUUUCUUCCCCAAGCUAGAACCACAGAGUGAAAAGCAGGAUAUCUUUAUUCACGACAGUAUGAUUACCAUGGGACAACUUKACGUUAUUGUCAAUGGGUGUUCAAGAUUACCAGUUAUAGAUGGUGCUGCUACUUUAUCCUGUUCACUCUCUGUUGACGUGUUACCUUGGAAACAGCUUGCUGAAAAUAGUAGAGCUCUUUGGACAACAUUUGAGGUGGAAAUAACUCGUGAUAACACAACAGCAUCAUUCGGAAUGACUCUCAGUAAAGAAUAUGGAGGAACAGAUAUUGAUAAAGUAGUUUUCGUGGAGACAAUUGUACCUUCAUCUCCUGCAGAAGUAGCUGGACUACAUAGAGGAGAUGUAAUUGUUUCUGUUGAAGGACAAAGGAUAGACUCCCUAAAACAAGCUGCUAAAUUGAUCAAGAAUAAAACCAAAUUCACUGCUAAUUUCCAACGACCACCAAGCAAAACACAAAAUAAGUCUGAUUACCUAGAUGGAUCAGACGGAUCUGGAGUGGCUGUAAAUUUCAAGAAUGUUGCUGUUGACAGUGAGGAAAGUGAUGCAGAGGAACAAUUUGUAAAUAUAAUGCUUCCAAUCAUUGAAGAAAAGGAUGGCAAUGAAGAUGCCAAAUCAGUCAUAAGAGAUCUUCUGACAAAGAGCACAGAGUUACGACAAAGAUCUAAAAGUAGAAGUAGAGAGGAUGCCAAUGCCUUUAAGGAUGCUCAUGAUGGAAGUGUUAAUGUAGAGGGAAUGAGAGGCAGGAGAGCAAUGACAGUAGCAACAGAUGGAAGACCUGAAGUAAAAAAACCUGAAGUCAACCCAAAAUCUUUGAGUCCAAUAGCUCGAAGUGCUACAAUGAAGUCCUCAAAGCCAACCUCACCAACUGAUGAACGAACAAAAAAUAGUCUGGUCAUAAAGCCAUCUUUGUAUAGUGAUAUACCAGGAACCAAGAGGACCAAGGAAAUUCCCUUCAGCCAGGAACCUGUUUGGGGUGAUACCGUUAAGUUUGAUGUUGGUCCUAAAGAUAGAUACUUGAAUGUUUGUGUUUGGAGCAAACCCCAGGACAAGAAUGAUAAAGACAUCUUAAUAGGACAUGUCACCGUUCCCCUCAUGGAUGUUGUUGUGCAAUGCCUUGCACUUGGCUCUAGACGUCAUGAACAGACAUUUGUGCUGGUUUCCCCUCAUAUUGAUAAAAAUAUUUCAAGACUUACCUAUCUGCGUGGAAUCCCAGGCCUAAACAGCAGCCUGGUUGGUGGUGAUAUAUCUCUUACAUUUGUUCACUACCCUUCAUUUGGAGAAUGUGAUGAUUCGGCAGUGCUUGAGAAAAUGGAGGAGUUAGAAAAACUCAAAGCAGAAGAGGAAGAGUGGGAACAAGAAGACAGCCUUGAAAGUGAAAGCAUGGAACAUAACUUCAUUCUUACUCAGUUCUACUUCCCAACUCGCUGUAACUACUGCAGCAAAAAGAUAUGGAGAAAGGUUGCUUUCCAGUGCAGGAAUUGUGCUCUGAUAUGCCACAAGAAGUGCCUUGAUAGUUGUAGAAGGUUCAGCAGUUGUCUAAGGUCUUCAGGAAAGAAGUCUCGUUGGUUUUCAAGAAAGUCUUCAGAAGUAAAGGCACAAGAAAAUUCAAACACUGAUAUGACGCUAAAAGAACAGGAACAACAAGAAGCUAAAGAAACCAAGCAUUCCACUCACGAAGCAUACGGAAGUGAACAUCCCAUUAAAGAAGAAGAAAGGCAAAGGGAAAAAAUAGAAAGUGAGAAAGAAGCCAAGGAAAGAAAUGGUGAUCUGACAGCCAACCAGGAAACAUUGCAGAUUACUACUGAACAUCCAGCAGAUGAUAAGGCUACCAAACAAAAGUCUACACAUGAUAUGGAUGAAGCAUCAGGCCCUAACGUACAAGGAAAGGGUGAAGCUAUUGCCGCUGACAUGGUAACAGCAUCAGAACAGGUCAAAGAGAUGGGUCGAGAACUCUUUACCAACUUGCCCCACGAUGCACGCAAGAAGAAGCUCCAAGAUAUGAUGGCAAGACUGCAAGUUGAGAUAGACGAGGAGAACGAGACACUAGGAGAACUGUACAUAACCAAGAAGCGAACAAAAGACAAGAAACAAAAAGCCCUUAUCAUGUCAAUGAUUACGAAAUCAGAAGAGAGAGGUCAGGCCCUGGCAAUGCUCAUGUUACAGUACUGCGCUGGAUUGCAAGACUGUGCCGAUGCUGAAGACGAAGAAUGUUACGAGUUGUAGAACAUAUACACCCAAGGGGUGGAUUGGUUGUCUCUAUUUGCGGUCUCUCCUUUCCUUUCCUCUCGCUGGCCCAGUAUAGAGGUUUUUUUACGGCUGCCAUGAUGCCAUCACACGGCCUGAACAAAUACRUGUUUUUGCAUGGAGAUUUCUGGUUAAAAAGUAGAUUGAAACUUUGACUUAUCAAGAGGGUUUUUCGUCUCUUUUUUCAUUUCAUUUAUUUCAUUUUCUUUUUGUUUUGUUUUAGUUUUCGUUUUUUGUUUUUUUUGUUUGUUUUUUUUUUCUU